CACACACAUCACAACUAAACCCAAACACACACACAAACUCUCUCAACAUGGAGCCUCUCUCUUCCACCAAACACAACAACAACAACCCCGCCAAGCCUUCCUCCCUCCACAUGGAGGCACCGGCGGCGGAGGCCAGUCCCCUCCGUAAGAUAAUGGUGGUGGCGUCCAUCGCCGCCGGGGUGCAAUUCGGGUGGGCCCUCCAGCUCUCCCUGCUCACCCCCUACGUCCAGCUCCUGGGAAUCCCCCACACAUGGGCCGCCUUCAUCUGGCUCUGCGGCCCAAUCUCCGGGAUGCUGGUCCAGCCCAUAGUCGGCUACCACAGCGACCGCUGCACCUCCCGCUUCGGCCGCCGCCGCCCCUUCAUCGCGGCCGGAGCCUUCGCCGUGGCCGUGGCCGUCUUCCUGAUCGGCUACGCGGCGGACCUCGGGCACAUGUUCGGCGACAACCUGGCGAAGAAAACCCGGCCCCGCGCAAUCGCCAUCUUCGUGGUGGGGUUCUGGAUCCUUGACGUGGCCAACAACAUGCUCCAGGGCCCCUGCCGCGCCCUCCUGGCGGACCUCUCGGCCGGCAACCACCGGAAGACGCGGUCCGCGAACGCCUUCUUCUCGUUCUUCAUGGCGGUGGGGAACGUGCUGGGGUACGCGGCGGGGUCCUACAGCGGCCUCCACCACGUGUUCCCCUUCACGAAAACGAAAGCCUGCGACGUGUACUGCGCCAACCUGAAAAGCUGCUUCUUCCUCUCCAUCGCGCUCCUCCUGACGCUGGCCACCGUGGCACUGAGCUACGUGAAGGAGAAUCAGCUUGGGUCGGACAAAGGCAGCAACGGUGCGAGCGAGGAGGAGGGGUCAGGGUCGCACGGGGGCAUGCCCUGCUUCGGGCAGUUAUUCGGUGCGUUUCGCGAACUGAAACGGCCCAUGUGGAUCCUCCUCUUGGUGACGUGUCUCAACUGGAUUGCGUGGUUCCCAUUCUUGCUAUUCGACACCGACUGGAUGGGCCGCGAGGUCUACGGAGGAACCGUUGGGGAGGGCAAGGCCUACGAUAGGGGCGUGCGCGCGGGUGCCUUGGGCCUCAUGUUGAACUCCGUCGUCCUCGGUGCCACCUCCUUGGGAGUUGAAGUCUUGGCGCGUGGAGUUGGCGGCGUUAAGAGGUUGUGGGGGAUUGUUAACUUCUUGCUCGCCAUUUGCUUGGCCAUGACCGUUUUGGUUACCAAGUUGGCUCAGCACAACCGCCAAUACACCCUCCUCCCCAACGCCCACCAUGAGCCUCUGCCUCCUCCCGCCGGCGUCAAAGCCGGCGCGUUAGCUCUCUUUUCCGUCCUCGGCAUCCCUCUCGCGAUUACUUACAGCAUACCCUUCGCUCUGGCAUCCAUAUUCUCCAGUACCUCAGGGGCAGGCCAAGGAUUGUCUCUGGGAGUCCUCAACCUUGCAAUUGUCAUACCACAGAUGGUGGUGUCUGUGACAAGUGGACCAUGGGAUGCUCUAUUUGGCGGUGGUAACUUGCCGGCGUUCGUGGUGGGUGCAGUGGCGGCUGCAGCCAGUGGCAUUUUAUCCAUAAUCCUGCUGCCAUCUCCACCGCCGGAUUUGGCCAAAGCUGCAACCGCAGCCGGAGGAGGGUUCCAUUAAUCAUUCACUUCUCUUUUUUGGCCGAGUGUUUAAUAUGGAAAAAGGAGAAGGUUUUUUCUUUUUCUUUGAAGCCGUUGUGUAUAAGGCUUUUAGAUCCCAACAAAUGCUACAAUUGCCGUUUUUGUGGCAUCAAUGACUAAUAACAGUCAUUUUUAAUUGUAAAGUUUGAUGUGGCUGUACAUAACCCUGUUCAAACAGGACCCAGCCCUGUCUUUAUUUAUAUAAUAUACUACUGUAGUUGGUAUAUUGAGGGUGCUCAGGGGAAUGUAGCGAUUGAACUUAGCACGCAUGGCCAUGGAUGUUAAUCCAAUAAUAACAUAUGUGGGAUGAAUUGGACCAGACUACUUUCCUAUUCCUAUUCCCCACUUAUUUUCCAUUGUCUUUUGUUUUCUCCGGUCAUUAUUAGUACUAUAAUAAUAACAUUCUCUCUUAUCUCCA